AUGGGGGCGGAAGGGCCUUCUCAGCCGCCCUCAAUGUACAUGUCCCCCAGAGUAAACAGCUGGACCUCCUGCUCCAGGAUUGACAACUACUAUGGCUGGUUCCAGCAGAAGGUACCCGUCAGUGCCCCUGUCACUGUGAUCCAUAGUAACACCAACAGACCCUCAGAACAUCCUUUGCAAUUCUCUGGAUCCUUCUCAGGCUCCACAGGUUCCCUGGUCCAGGCAGCGCUGACUCAGCCGCCCUCCGUGUCGAAAAACCUGGGAGAAACCGUCCAGAUCACCUGCUCUGGGCUUGACAGCAACGAAUAUGCUGGCUGGUACCAGCAGAAGGAACCUGGCACUGCCCCUGUCACCGUGAUCUACAAGGACAACCAGAGACCCUCGGGCAUCCCUCCACGAUUCUCUGGUGCUAUGUCUGGCUCCACGGCCACCUUAACCAUCACUGGGGUCCAAGCCGAGGACGAGGCUGUCUAUUACUGUGGUAGCUUCGACAGCAGCAGUUCCCUGGUCCAGGCAGCGCUGACUCAGCUGCCCUCUGUGUCAGUGAGCGUGGGAGAAACCAUCCAGGUCACCUGCUUCCAGGGCAGCGGCUACUAUGGCUGGUACCAGCAGAAGGAACCUGGCGCUGGCCCUGUCACUGUGAUCUAUGAUAACACGAAGAGACCCUCGGGCAUCCCUCCGCGAUUCUCCGGAUCCAAAUCUGGCUCCACGGCCACCUUAACCAUCACUGGGGUCCAAGCGGAGGACGAGGCUGUCUAUUACUGUGGUUCCCUGGUCCAGGCAGCAGUGACUCAGCCGCCCUCUGUGUCGAAAAACCUGGGAGAAACCGUCCAGAUCACCUGCUCUGGGGUUAACAGCUAUGCUGGCUGGUUCCAGCAGAAGGAACCUGGCACUGCCCCUGUCACUGUGAUCUACAGUAACAGCAACAGACCCUCGGGCAUCCCUCUGUGAUUCUCCGGAUCCUUAUCUGGCUCCACGGCCACCUUAACCAUCACUGGGGUCCAAGCUGAGGACGAGGCUGUCUAUUACUGUGGUAGCUACGACAGCAGCAGCUAUGUUGGUUCCACAGUGACGUUCCCUGGUCCAGGCAGCGCUGACUCCGCCCCCCUCCGGCGCGUGGGAGAAACUGUCCAGAUCACCUGCUCCGGGAGUGGUAGCAGCUAUGGCUGGUUCCAGCAGAAGGUUCCUGGCACUGGCCCUGUCACUGUGAUCUACUGGAAUGACAAGAGACCCUCGGGCAUCCCUUCACGAUUCUCAGGAUCCGCAUCUGGCACCACGGCCACCUUAACCAUCACUGGGGUCCAAGCAGAGGACGAGGCUGUCUAUUACUGUGGUAGCUACGACAGCAGCAGCUACGGUGGUUCCCUGGUCCAGGCAGCGCUGACUCAGCCACCCUCCGUGUCGAAAAACCUGGGAGAAACCGUCCAGAUCACCUGCUCCGGGGGUUCCCUGGUCCAGGCAGCGCUGACUCAGCCGCCCUCCGUGUCGAAAAACGUGGGAGAAACCGUCCAGAUCACCUGCUCCGGGAGUAGCAACAACUAUGGCUGGUUCCAGCAGAAGGGUCCUGGCACUGGCCCUGUCACUGUGAUCUAUGCUAACGACAAGAGACCCUCGGGCAUCCCUCCACGAUUCUCCGGAUCCUAA